AUGGAUGAAAACUGUGAUAGAAGAGAAGCAAACAUGGCAUUGAGGGAGGAUGAACAGUUGAGUCCGGCAGCAAUGUUGUUGCAUGAACCUUCCGUAAACUAUUGCGUGAUUACCAUCAUGGGUUGCAAGACGAGCAUCAAUCCUCGGAUCAUUAGACAAGGUUUAUGUCAAACAAUGCUCAAUCAUCCACGAUUCAAUACCAAAAUGGUUAAGGAGGGAAAGAAAGCUAAGUGGAUUCCAACAACAGUUGACUUAGACAAGCACGUCAUAGUUCCAGAAAUAGAUUCCAAUUCCAACGUAGAACAGGCAGAUAGAUUCGUUGAAGACUACAUCUCCCAUUUCAUCAAAACUCCACUUGACAUGUCCAAGCCACUCUGGGAACUGCACAUCCUCAACAUCAAAACCUCAGAUGCAGAAGCUGUUGCCAUAUUUCGGAUCCAUCAUUCCCUUGGCGAUGGUGCCUCUCUCAUAUCACUCCUCCUUGCUGCCACUCGCAAAACCUCUGACCCUCUUGCCCUGCCAACUGUGCCAACCCAUAACAAACACUCCUCACGCCAUCGCUCCACUCCAUUCUCAUGGCUCUUCGCUAUUUGGUGGGGGCUACUUCUCAUCUGCCACACUCUCCUCGAUGUCCUGCUCUUUAUUCUCACCAUUUUCUUCAUCAGAGACACCCCAACUCCUCUCAAAGCUCCUCCUGGGGUUGAAUCAAAUAACAAGCGCUUUGUGCAUCGCACUGUUAGUAUGGAUGAUAUCAAGCUAGUCAAGAAUGAAAUGAAAACUGUAAGUUCACUUCUCUAUUGUUAUUCUCAGACAAUCAAUGAUGUUUUGUUGGGGAUAACACAAGCUGCUCUCACUCGCUACUUGUAUCGAGCAUAUGAUGUGGACGCAAAUAGCAAUGGUGCCAAACUGGGAUCUGGUUUCCUCAGCAAGAUUCGCCUCAGGGCAUCAGUUAUUGUUAAUCUUAGGCCUGUUGGUGGAAUACAGGAGCUAGCAGAUAUGAUGGCAGAGAAAUCAAAAGUAAAAUGGGGUAAUUUGAUAGGAUACAUCAUCCUCCCAUUCUCUAUUGCUUUGUAUGAAGAUCCAUUGGAAUAUGUUCGUCAAGCUAAGAACACAAUCGACAGGAAGAAGCACUCAUUGGAAGCAAUUUUGUCCCACGCUUUUGCAAAGGUGGUUCUCAAAUUAUUUGGUGUCAAGGUUGUUGCUGCCCUAACACGAAAGGUUCUCUUUAACACUACUUUGGCCUUCUCUAAUGUACCUGGUCCUGUUGAAGAAAUUAGCUUUUAUGGUCAUCCCGUGGCAUACAUUGCUCCUAGUGUUUAUGGAAACCCACACGCAUUGACAAUCCAUUUCCAAAGUUAUGCUAACAAGAUGACCAUUUCUCUAGCAGUGGACCCACUUGUUAUUCCGGAUCCUUACCUUCUUUGUGAUGAUUUAGAACACUCGCUCAAUCUCAUCUGUGAUGCUGUUCAGGGAAAUCACGCGGUGUAG